AUGAGUGUCUACCAAAUAGAAUGAAUGCAAUGUAUAUAGAUGUGAAUGUAUUUAUUUGCGCGAAUGCGUAUUGAAUGAGUGUUGUAAUAUUGCGCAUGCGCUCGGGUCUGAAAUGGCCAAGAAGUCGGGUGCCCCUUUAUAUAUAUAAAAUAAAUAAAUCAACAUAGUGAACAACCAACUUACGUUGAAUUUUUAUUUUUAUUUAUUUUUUUAUUUUUUGUGAAAGUAUAGCGUGAGAGGCUGAAUAUUAAGUAUCUCAAUUAUGUUAGUUAUAUAAUAGAUGUAAAGGAUGAUUGAGGAAUAUCGAAUACUCCACCAUCCUGAGUGUACGUAUUUAAAUAAGGACGAAUGUAUUUAAGGCAGAGUGAGAGUGUGAACGGAUUUGGAUUUAGGUAGUGAUAGAGUUGGGGGCUGAUUAGCUAGACGUUGAGCCUUUUAGCCCAAUUUUUGCAUCUGGACGGAUAAGAACGAAGUCUGACCCCGGAUUUUCAAGUCCUGCCGGAAAUUUAUUGUCAAGGCCCAAAAGCUGGAAUUCCCGGUGGAUGGCGAAAAGGAUAGACUCAACUCUCGUGUGUAUUUACAAUUAUAUUAUUUAUUAGUUAUAAUUUCGGUACGAUUCGUAAGUUCACAGAAAGCUGGUUACUCUUUAAAACCAAACGAGCAAGCUAAUAAAUUGUACGUCAAGUUCGCCCCCUGUAAACAACACCAUCUUUUUAAAUAGGGAUACACCAUCCUGCAAUAACCACCCAGAACGUCUGCCUCGUAAUGUCAAUGUAUAAAAAUUGUUCGAUAUUGAUGCGUAUUAAUUAUAAAAUAAUUAAAAAUUUUCUUUAAACCCAAAAAAGGGCAAAUGUCACGGGAUUAAACGGUUAGGUGUACGUGGAGAAAGAAGACACGAGGAGGAGAGGAAGACCUCUUCCUAGCGUGUGAAGGAGGCCCAAGGCAGCAUUUUACUUUGCGCAACUUCACGGGCCCCACCACGUUCGACCUCUCUCUACUACGUUAUCACUCCCCCCAGGUGGACGGCUUUAUCUGCAGGUCGGCUACUAGUUUUCUGUCAUUCGAGCCCUACGGCCAGUGUAAAACUAAAAACUGCUUAAUACAGUUAUUCAUAUGGCAGGUUUUUUAAUUUGGCUUCUGCUGCCGCUGCACUUUUCAAUGGGUUGUUGCGAAAGGCAGGACGGCGGCCGGUCUGACCCUUUCAGGUACGUCGACCGGGAAAGGAGUUACCGGGUGAGCGAGAGCCCUCCGAGGGACGCCGGCGUCCGAUUCCAGGAGUACGAUCCUCCGGGGCGGGGCGUCUACGAUUCCAGGACGAGGGAGAACGAAGAGCUCCUUGGGCGGUUCCUGGACACCCAGGACCCGAGGUACUACAACGCGGACAGGUACCCGGAGAAAAAGAGGCCGGACGUGAACGAAGAGGACGGAAGGAUCAGGGACGGCACACCGCCGGGAUUCAGGACGGACUUCAUCCCUUCUAGAGAACUUAUAAACUUACUAUUUCAAGCUGACACCCUGCUUUCCCAGCAGUGCACGUCCAACGUCGACGCACAAUGGGCAUUCGAGACGAACAUCAACGAAGCGACGCAACUACAAGCUCUUGAAGGACAGUUGGCAUACACUGAGGCGCAGAUCAAAAUAAGAGACGUCCUAUGUAAGAUACCUAAAGAUCGAGUACGAGAGAACCAUCUUUGGCGAGCGAUCAGAUUUUUAUCGGUUAUUGGCAUUGCCGCUUUACCCCGAGACCAACUGGACAGGUAUAACAGAUUAAUAAAUGACAUGCUUGCGGUGUACAACGGUGCUACUACUUGCUCCUAUAAGGAUCCGUUGAAAUGCAACUUAAGAUUGGAGCCAGAUUUAACAAAUAUAAUGGCAAAGAGUAAAGACUGGGACGAGCUGCAGCACACGUGGAUAGAGUGGCAUAGAAGGAGUGGACAGAAGAUCCGGGACCUUUAUGACCAGAUGGUUGACCUGAGCAACUAUGCAGCUCGGUUGAACAACUUCACUGAUUACUAUGAGUAUUUGUCUUUCCCUUAUGAAUCACCAUCGUUCAGGCUUGAUGUCGAAGACGCAUGGGCACAAAUCAAACCGCUUUAUGACGAGUUACAUGCAUACGUGAGGAGGAAAUUGAGAGAUUUGUACGGACCAGAAAAACUAGGGAGAGAAGCUCCCAUGCCAGCUCAUAUUUUAGGAAACAUGUGGGCGCAGUCAUGGACGAAUAUACUGGACGUGACUAUACCAUAUCCUGGGAAAACAUUCGUCGAUGUCACCCCUCAAAUGAACUCUCAAGGUUACACGCCAUUGACGAUGUUCAGAUUGGCCGAGGAGUUUUUCCUAUCGCUCAACCUAUCCGGCAUGCCUCCGGACUUCUGGGCUCAUUCUCUCCUCCAAGAGCCGCCAGACCGUCCCGUCAUCUGCCAGCCUUCCGCGUGGGACUUUUGCAACCGAAGAGAUUACAGAAUAAAAAUGUGUACACGGGUCACAAUGAAGGAUCUUGUGACAAUCCACCAUGAAAUGACUCAUAUCCAGUACUUCCUUGAGUACAGAAAUAAGCCUAAAGUCUUCAGAGAUGGUGCUAAUCCUGGUUUUCACGAAGCUGUGAGUGAAGCGAUUGCAAUGUCCGCCGGAUCGCCGAAGCACUUAAGAACCCUGGGCUUGGUAUUCUCUUCAAACGACGACAUACCACACAAUAUAAAUUAUCUUUACUCGCUGGCGUUGGAUAAAUUGCCAUUUUUGGCGUUUAGCCUCGCCUUGGAUUCUUGGAGAUGGGACGUUUUCCAGGGUGCUAUACCUAAAGAAAGAUACAACUGCCAGUGGUGGGAUUACAGGGAAAAAAUUGGUGGCAUUAAACCUCCAGUGCUGCGAUCCGAGACAGACUUCGACCCCGGAUCAAAAUAUCACGUACCAGCAAACAUCCCUUACAUAAGGUACUUCGUGAGCACUGUGCUCCAGUUCCAGAUCUUCCGGGGACUGUGCAGAGCGGCCGUUAAGCAGGCUCACUUGAACCCCUCGGAUCCGCUGUACAAAUGCGACGUCUACAGGAGUUCCGCCGCCGGAAACGUCCUUGCUAAUCUGAUGUCGAAGGGCUCUUCCCAGCCUUGGCAGGAAGUCCUGCAGGAGAGCAUCGGCGAGUCGCGCCUCGACGGUGGUGCUCUUCGCGACUUUUUCGCCCCGUUGGAAGAAUGGCUGCGCAACGAGAACCUCAGGACUGGUGAGACUGUCGGCUGGCUUUACGACGGAGACUAUUGCAAGCACAGCAUCGAGACGGCGAACCUCCAGGUGCUCGGCGGUUUUUACAAUUCUGCCCCUAAAAACGAAGUGUUCGGCCUAGCAAUUUUCCUCUUCUUAAUUGUUCAAUUUAUGUCCUGAUGAUAAAGAUUAACUAUACUCCAUCCAUCUGUAUUGAUCCGUUUUGUAAAUUAAAUUAUAAACCUUUUGUAACAGAAAUUUUAUCCUAUUCUGUACUUGGGUGAUGUCCCAUUGUCAAAUAAACAAUAUCAAAAAAUUAUUUAUUACAGUUUUAAGCUCUGAAUUACAGCUUUAACGAUAAUGCUAUAGGAAUUUCGUGUUUUCCGAAACGUGUUUCGGAUCUUCAGUGGGUCUGGGAAAUAAGCAGGCGAGGCGUCAACACUAACCCACCACUGAAGAUGGCGAAAAGUGUCUGACUUAUCAAACUGUCUAUGAUAAACUUGUCGUUCUGUCUGAUGCUUGCUGAUUUAUGCUGGAAUGAUGUUUCCAAAUUUUAUGCUAUGUAUUAAUUUUCUUUUUUAAAUCUAUGACAUUUAACGUUACCAUUAUUUGGUUUAAUCGUGUUUUGUGUUUCUAAUCUUGUCAAACAUUGUAAAUAAAUGUGUGAAAGUUAUGAUUAUUUCUAAGCCGGCCAAACUUAAAAAAUGCACAUACCAUGCAUAAAAUGAAAAUUUAUAUAUCAUAGAGUGUUAAUACGGAUUUAUGCUUAAUAUAUAAAAUAUUUGUAAUUUUAUUGUAUUUUUGUACAUAUUUGUGAUUUAUAAUAAACAAGCUUAA